AUGUCUGGACGUGGAAAAGGCGGAAAAGGGCUCGGAAAAGGGGGCGCGAAGAGACAUCGGAAAGUGCUCCGCGAUAACAUCCAAGGCAUUACCAAGCCUGCUAUUCGUCGUUUGGCUCGCCGUGGGGGAGUAAAGCGUAUUUCUGGCUUGAUUUACGAAGAAACUCGGGGCGUGCUGAAGGUGUUUCUGGAAAACGUUAUUCGUGAUGCCGUGACCUACACCGAGCAUGCAAAACGAAAGACCGUGACUGCGAUGGACGUCGUUUAUGCCCUGAAACGCCAAGGUCCUCGGCCGCCAAAUUCAUUCAUCCGAACUUUUAGCGAGUGGAUUUUCCUUGUUUGGAGGAUGGCCAGAACUAAGCAGACGGCUCGUAAGUCCACCGGUGGCAAAGCGCCAAGGAAGCAGCUUGCUACUAAAGCAGCUCGCAAAAGCGCUCCCGCCACCGGAGGCGUGAAAAAACCUCACCGUUACCGUCCUGGCACGGUGGCUCUCCGAGAGAUCCGGCGCUACCAAAAGUCCACCGAGCUGUUGAUUCGUAAACUCCCUUUUCAGCGCUUGGUGCGUGAAAUUGCUCAGGACUUCAAGACCGACCUGCGUUUCCAGAGCUCGGCCGUGAUGGCCCUUCAGGAGGCCAGCGAGGCUUAUUUGGUGGGUCUAUUUGAAGAUACUAAUCUCUGCGCCAUCCACGCCAAGCGAGUCACCAUCAUGCCCAAAGACAUCCAGUUGGCUCGCCGUAUCCGCGGCGAGAGAGCUUAA